AUUAGUUACGUACAUGCCCCUAACACAGUGUGUUGCUCAAUUAAUAUUGGGUCCAUUAAUUAUAUUAUAAGAGUUGUUGAAUAUAUGAGAACGAUCAUAAUGAGGCCAACUACUCUUAUCUUAAUUAUUCACUCACUCUCUCUAAGUCUCAACAAUCUUCACUACUUUUCUCAGUUCAUCAAGAUUCAAAAUGGCAGAUCUAGCUUACACCAUAGCUGGAAAUGUCUUGGACAAACUGGGUUCUCUUGCUUAUGAAGAGGUUAGCUUAGCAUGGGGCAUGAAAGAUGACCUCAACAAGCUUAAGCUAAUCACAUUGGCCCUCCAAGAAGUGCUCCCAGAUGCCGAAACUAAGCAAGAAGAGAGGCCAACGCUCAAAACUUGGGUCGUCGAGCUUAAAGACACCUUCCAUGAUGCAGUGGAUGUAUUGGAUGAAUUUGAGUGUGAAUUACUGAGGCGAAAAGUUGUCAAGCAAUAUGCAUCUUUUGGUAGAAAGGUACACCGUUUCUUUUCGCAUUCGAAUCCAAUUGUUUACUGUUUUAGUGUUGCUCAUCGUAUUCGAGAGAUAAGGGAGAGGUUAGAUGAGAUUGAUAAGAAUAUGGAGAAGUUUCAAUUGAUCAAAAUUGCACCGAAUGUGGAUCAAAGUGUUAGAGAAACUCACUCCUUUGUUAAUCUUUUAGAUGUUAUUGGUAGAGACUGUGAAAAAGGCGAGAUUCUAGAUAUGGUAUUAAAGGAUCAAGCUCAAGAAAGUGAUAAUCAAAUCCUUGUUAUAUCUGUAAUUGGGAUUGGGGGUUUAGGAAAAACUACACUUAUCAAAUCAGUAUACAAUGAUGAUAAAAUUGGUGAAAAGUUUGAUUUGAAGAUUUGGGUUUGUGUGUCUUUGGAUUUCAAUGUGUCUAAAAUAGUAAAAGAUAUUCUUACAGAUACAACUGGUAAUUGUAACUUGUCUAAUUUAAACCAAUUGCAAAAGUCCUUAACAAACACCUUGAAAGAUAAAACAUUUUUACUUGUUUUGGAUGAUGUAUGGAAUGAGGAUUUUUCGAAGUGGCGGGAUUUGGCAGAGUUGUUAUCAGUGGGUUCUAAGAAGAGUAAAAUUAUUGUGACAACACGUAAUCGCGAAGUUGCUUUGAUCAUGGGCGAAACGAAACCCUAUGAAUUGAAGGGGCUACCUGAGAAGGAAUCUUUGUCUUUGUUUUUCAAGUGUGCAUUUGGAAGUGAAGCAGCAGUAGCUGAGUAUCCACAGCUCAAACAAAUUGGUGAAGAAAUUGUGAAAAAAUGUGGAGGGGUUCCUUUGGCAUUGAAGACCUUGGGGAGUCGGCUUCGACAGACAACUGAAGCUCAUAAGUGGAAAACUGUGAGAGAUAACAAAAUUUGGGAGCUAGAACGAAACCAAGGUCACAUUUUACCUGCAUUGCGAUUAAGUUACAACGCAAUGUCUCCGUCCUUAAAACAAUGUUUUGCUUAUUGUUCAACUUUUGAAGAGGAUAGUUUGAUGUGGAAAUUUGAUUUGAUUAGAAUUUGGAUGGCUCUCAGAAUCCUUCCUUCACCUAAGAACAAAGAGGAGUUGGAAGAAAUCGGCGAGUCAUGCUGCGUAGAUUUGUGUAACCGAUCUUUCUUUCAAGCUGAUCACGGUGAAGAUUAUUUUGGACUCAACCAAGAGUUUAGAGUACAUGAUUUAAUUCACAAUCUCGCAUGCUCAAUCACCCAAAACGAGUGCUCAAUUGUAAAUUCCAAUGAUGACAGAAUGAUUUCUGAUACAGUAAGAUAUUUAAGAAUUGUUAUCAAUGAGAUCAACUUAACAAAGUUGAGCAAGCUAAAGAAACUAAAGAGUAUUCAUGUUAACAGUGACAAAGAUGAGAAAGAUGAAGUUGUGCAGUUAUUCCUUUCUACCUGCAUUUCAACAUUCAAACACUUGCGAGUGUUUGAUUUGUCAAAAUUAUCUGUUGAGGUGUUGCCAAGUUCAAUUGGCACCAUGAAGCAGUUGAGAUAUCUCAACUUGAGGGAAAACGAAAAGAUUAAGAGACUCCCUAAUUCAAUUUGCAAGUUGCAAAGUUUGCAAACUUUGAUUCUUGAUGGAUGUGUGGAGCUUGAGGAAAUACCCGACGACAUAGGGAGUUUAGUAAGCCUAAGGACUCUUAUGUUAACCACAAAACAGAGCUUUUUGUGUUAUGGAAGCUUGAAAUCUCUUCGUUUUUCGUACAUUAAUAGUUGCGAUAACUUGAAAGUGUUGUCGAAUGACUCGAUAAACUGCACCACAUUACGUACUCUGGCAAUAGGUGAUUGUGCAAAACUCAAUUUGGCAAGUGAAUUUAGUAAUAAAAAUGUUCAAUUGAGCCUUCAAACAUUUGUGAUUUUUUCGUUACCAGAGACAACAGAUCUUCCCCAAUGGCUCGAACAAGCUGCUAAGACUUUGCGAAAUUUAAGGAUUGAAGAUUGUUCCAAGUUAACGAGAUUGCCAGAGUGGUUGCCAAAACUCAUCUCACUUGAGAAGCUUGAGAUUAUUUGUUGUCGAAAUUUGUUGUCGCUUCCAGAUGGGAUGGAAGGCCUCACCUCCCUCACACAUUUGGUUAUUGAAGAUUGUAAUGCAUUGAAGGAAAGAUGCAAACGAGAAGUAGGACCAGAUUGGCAUAAGAUUGCUCAUGUUCCCAACCUUUCUAUUGGUUAGGAUUUAUGAUCAUGAUGACAAGAAAAGGAAGAUCAUUGUGCACAUCUUCCCUUUGGCACAACACAGGUGUAAAAUUCUUCUGCUGAGAUGUCUCAGAUAAUGAAAUUGUUGGAUCGUGAAACGAUCAUUUUUAUUUCUAGCCAAUGUGGAACUUUGGUUGCAUACCCAAGAGAAGUUGGUGUAUUUAAAUCAGUCUUUUAAUAAACUUUUAUGUGUAAUAAUAAACUUUGCAAAGAUACACUUUCUAUCA